AUGGCCACGGCAGGCUCAGCCAACCCUACUCCUGUCGAAAAUAGUCGCUCGUACAAUAUUAUUCAUAACCAACCCCUUUCCAUUAACACUCACUCACAGUCUACUCGGAUCAAGGGUGCCGCUCUUUCCAUUCCUCAACGCGCAUCGUCAACCCAACAACAAACCCCUUCACGUCAUGCGGCUACAGACGGGAGCUUGCCACCGGCAGCCCAUGAGAACCCCAACAUAGUGCACACGUCUAAGAGAAAACCGACAAAAGAGUCACUCAAUCAACCUCAAAUAGAAGUUAUGCAAAAAAGUACCUCACGUCAGCAUCAUUCGACUAGACAAAGAAGACAUCUACCCAGCAUGACUACGACCGAAGCGGAUGGUGCAGUCCCUAUUCAGGACUCUAGAUAUAAUGUUGCAAAAACAAGCAAGUCAAGAACCACUAUUCCCGCAGCUUCAGGAAAUUGGAUUCUGGGGAAGACAAUCGGCGCCGGAAGUAUGGGAAAAGUCAAAUUGGCCCGGCGGAAUGAAUGCGGAGAACAAGUUGCUGUCAAAAUAGUUCCACGCGGGGCUACUGAUGAAAGUCAAAAUCAAUCUAAAGCGGAUCGUGAGCGGGCUGACCACUCUAAAGAAGUACGUACGGCUAGGGAGGCUGCCAUUAUGACUCUUCUUGAUCAUCCAUAUAUCUGUGCAAUGAAAGACGUUGUACGUACCACAUACCAUUGGUACAUGCUAUUCGAGUACGUCAAUGGGGGACAAAUGCUCGACUACAUUAUCUCUCAUGGUAGAUUGAAGGAAAAACAAGCCAGAAAAUUCAGCCGACAGAUCGCAAGCGCCUUGGAUUACUGCCAUCGAAAUAGUAUCGUGCAUCGAGACUUGAAAAUUGAAAAUAUUUUGAUUAGCAAGACGGGUGACAUCAAGAUUAUUGACUUUGGACUUAGUAAUAUGUUUAACCCAAGGAAUCACUUGAAGACAUUCUGUGGAAGCUUAUACUUUGCCGCGCCAGAAUUACUGCAGGCCAAACAAUAUACUGGUCCAGAAGUAGACAUUUGGAGCUUUGGUAUUGUAUUAUAUGUGUUGGUCUGCGGAAAAGUUCCUUUUGAUGACCAAAGCAUGCCUGCAUUACAUGCAAAGAUUAAGAAAGGAAUAGUCGAUUAUCCAAGCUGGUUGUCGCCUGAAUGCAAGAACUUAAUUUCACGCAUGCUCGUUACAGAUCCACGACAGCGAGCAUGUCUUCAGGAAAUUAUGAAUCAUACGUGGAUAGUUAAGGGUUUUGGAUCGGCACCUGAGAAUUACCUUCCCGUACGCGAACCAUUACAGUUGCCUCUUGACCCUCAUGUCAUUCAAGCUAUGACAGGAUUCGAUUUUGGACCACCUGAAAUUAUACAGGCACGUCUAACAGAAGUUCUAGAGUCGCAAGAAUACAUAAGGGCUGUGCGAGUAGCCGCUCAAGAGCGUGAGGCCCAGGGACCAGCCAAGGACCAGGAAAAAAAGAGAGGAUUCGGUUUUGAUUUUUACAGACGAAACUACUCCAACAGUCGAGAUACACUGACAGCGCCUAGUUCUGAAGGUAUUUUACCUACUGGGAAUGAUCCAGUUAACGCAUUCCAUCCCCUUGUAUCAGUAUACCACCUCGUACGUGAAAAACAAGAACGAGAACGUCUUACAUCAAAUUUCAGUGCCAAAAAAAUGCAACAUGUCCCGGAUAUUACAACCCAGCAAGCCCUUGAGAUUUCUGCACCAAAACUAGCUCACACCAAUACAGCUUCAUACGAGAUGUCAGGUGAAAAUCCAACCGGUGGUCGAUCUCGUCCACGGGCCCGUACCCACGGCGAAGACGAGAUCGCGGAGAAAUUGAAAAAUAUUAAGUUUGUCGAGUCUCCUGGCCUAAACUCGAUAUCCACACCAGAGCCUUCACCUGGACAUAUUCGCAAAGAGAGUACCGCGUCCGUUAUUUUGAGACGUUUCAGCACUAGAAGACGAAAAGAAAAUCAGGAUAGAUCGCGUCCGCCACUUGUCACUAUCCAUCAUCCAAAUGAGUCAACUAUUCAAAGAAAAAGUUUUAGUGUGCGUAGAACCAAGGACAGGGAUGUUCACGGACUUCUAUCGGCUAGAUUUCCCACCAGAAGCAGUCAGCCACAGCAUAUUAGCUCUCCACACUCUCCUCAAGCCGGCAAACCUAGUAGUCGUAGCACAAAUGACUUAGCAAGAUCCUCAAGUAUGAACUCGACGGACUUUCGCAGCAGAGAUAGACGACGGUUUGCCGUGGAAUCCAGUGCAUGCCCCCGUGUUACAUACAAGGAACCCCUACCUGUGAAUAAUUCUGAGAAUUCCAUCAGGGCUAAAGAUGCUUCACGCGAUACCAUCCAACACAGUCCUCAUUUGAACUCCAAAACAGCGUAUAGAGCUAAGUCUUUGGGACAUGCAAGGCGUGAGAGUAUUCAAGCUAGACGCGCAUGUAGAGAGGUUCGCGGAAAUCAUUUAAGAGAAGAGAAUGAUCCCGAAGCUGGCGACACGAGCGGUUUUUCGAAUGAGAGAAUUGAUCAUGCCGAUAAUCUGAAACCUGUAUUCCUUAAGGGAUUAUUUAGUGUCUCUACGACCUCGACUAAGCCUGUCCACGUCAUUCGUGCGGAUAUUAUACGAGUGCUGAAACAACACAGUGUAAAAUUUAGGGAAAUUAGGGGUGGAUUCAGCUGCCGUCACACUCCAUCCAUUGACCUCAAGAAAGUUUACGACUUGCCGCCGAGUACUCACAAUAAUCAUACACCUGGACAUCGGCGUAAGAUAAGCUUUGGAGGGUUGAUCGGAGUGAGUUCUGACCGAGAUCGAGAUGAAUUCAGGGACUCGGAACGUGCACCUAGAACUUUUCGCACACCGACUAGGCAUCGCAGAGGCGCUAGUUACACUAACUCUGAUAUAUCGGACGAAAGCAGUAACAAAGAUGAUCCCGGAACGAACAUGGGAGUGAUUGGGGAAACCAGCACGCAUGUGCAGAGUGAGCUAAGUGGAAGUAUGAUUCUAGAAUUUGAAAUCUUCAUCGUCAAGGUUCCCUUGCUCUCUUUGCAUGGUAUCCAGUUCAAGAGACUAGCUGGAGGGACAUGGCAGUACAAAAAUAUGGCCGAUCAAAUAUUGCGCGAACUUCGACUUUAA